CUGAUUUUUUCAGCUUAAACGCGUGCGUGCAGUGUAUAGCAGGUUUCUAUCUUAUUUUAUCUGUACGAGAAAACGCUACAUCUAAAUGUAGAUAAAAAAAUGUUAUUUAAUAUAUUGAAAAAUAGAGAGAGUAGUUAGAGAAUAUUAAUUCACUCAUUAACAUUAUUCAAAAAUUUGUUAUUUCAGGUUGUGAAGAAACAAAUAAUUCUCUGACAAAAUCGGCAGAAAAAUUUCGAUCGAAUGAAAAGAUCAAUGGUACUUUUCUUUAUAAAGGAGAAAUUUCUUCCACGGUUUACGUUUUCCCAUCCAGAGAAUCCCGCCACUAUUAUAUUAUGAUAUUUUUCUUGAUUAAUUAUUUAGAAUUGGCUGUAAAUUCGCUAAGAAAUGUAGUUCAAAGAACAUCCGGUGAAACAACCUGUACAACGUGAUUAAUGGAUACAUCUAGAUGAGGUUUACGAGUAACGAAGAUAGCCCUAAUAUUCGGAACGCGAGACGCACACGCGUAACAUAGCGGCUGCUGUUGUACGCGUAUUGAGGCCCAACAGGCCCCGAUAUCUUUGUGCGCGUGGCCCACGUCUUCUGCAUGCUUGUGUGUGUGCGUGUUGUACGCCUUGUAUGCUGAUGAUAGUGUUGCAAAACGAGCGGGGUCCACCGGGGCCUGAGGAGACGAGGAGGCGCAUAGAAGAAGCAAACAGCGACGGGCCAGGCAGUGCCGGCCCCGCUCUGGGCCCGACGGGGGGACCCGGGGUCACAUUCCAAGAUGGCUGUGCCUCAGGAAUGCAGUGGGUGCCCCCCUGAGACGCCUGCCUCCCUCCUUUUUUAUUAAUCGCUCCCAUUUGCCCGUUCUAGCGAAAAGAAACCCCCUCGUUACCGCUCGCGGUCGCGCCAAGUGCUUAUUGAAAGGUACGAAUGAGUCGUCGUCACGUAGCAAUCGGGAGAAACAACCGAGAUAAAUCCCACCGGGAAAGAGAGCGAUAGAGAGAGAGAAAAGAAGUGUAGCACGUUCAAAAUUCGGGGCCCGAUCGGUUUUCACGCCAGCUCGCCCGCCGCAGAUAAUGUCCAUGCCAGAGGAUGCUACUAGCUCGUCUUAAGCAAUGUCUCAUAGGGAUAUCUCUGAGGUAACGAUGAGAUUUCUUCGAUAUCGCGGCCGAUCGGAGAAAAUCGCAUGAUUUUUGGGUGGAGCCCGAAGGUACGUCGGCCUUGGCCGCUGGAUCCCGGGCACUAUUCUUAGAGACGGUGCGCAGAAGUAACGCGGCAUGUCAGAAUGGGGAUUACGCGCUUGCCGCAACCUUGUACACGGAAGCCCUUGCUUUGGACCCCCUUAGCCAUGUACUUUACUCGAAUAGAUCAGCUGCACGACUCAAGAUGGGAUUAUUCGCACUUGCAUUGCAGGAUGCCGUCAGAGCUACUGAGUUGAGUCCACAAUGGCCAAAAGCGUACUAUCGUCAAGGAGUAGCAUUGCAAUGCCUGGGACGUCACGGGGAGGCACUUGUCGCCUUCAGCACAGGAUUAGCUCAUGAUGCAUCCAAUCGUCAAUUAUUAUCCGGUUUAGUAGAAGCAUCUUUAAAAUCUCCGUUACGACCAACCUUGGAACCAACGUUUCAGCAGUUACGUGCAAUGAAGUUGGAUGAAUCUCCGUUUGUCGUUAUAUCUGUGGUCGGUCAGGAACUACUUGGGGCUGGACAAUACAGGGCGGCUGCCGGCGUGCUAGAAGCAGCACUCACUAUAGGAUCAUGCAGCUUAAAAUUGAGAGGUUCUGUAUUUUCUGCUCUGUCCAGUGCUUAUUGGGCACUGAAUUCCUUAGACAAAGCGAUAAACUACAUGCAGCAAGACUUAGGAGUUGCACGUUCUUUGGGGGAUACACAAGGCGAGUGCAGAGCUCACGGAAAUUUGGGCUCUGCUUACUUUAGCAAAGGUAGCUUUAAGGAAGCUUUAACGGCCCACAGAUAUCAACUUGUUCUGGCAAUGAAAUGCAAGGAUACUCAGGCGGCAGCUUCGGCGUUGACUAGUUUGGGACACGUUUACACGGCGAUUGGCGAUCUACCGAAUGCCCUGGCCUCCCAUAAGCAGUGUGUGCAAUUGGUCAAGCAAAUGGGUGAUCGGCUUCAGGAAGCGCGCGAAAUCGGCAACGUCGGGGCAGUCUACUUAGCAAUGGGAGAAUUUGAGAGUGCCGUCGAUUGUCAUACACAACACCUGAGAAUAGCCAGACGACUCGGAGAUCGCGUGGAAGAGGCGAGAGCAUUUAGCAACCUGGGAUCAUCUCAUCAUUACCGUAGAAAUUUCGGACAGGCGAUGGCUUAUCACGAGAACGUUCUCAGAAUAGCUCAGGAACUCGGCGACAGAGCAAUAGAGACCAGAGCGUACGCGGGAUUAGGUCAUGCCGCUAGAUGCGCAGGUGACCUGGCACAAGCCAAGCUUUGGCAUCAAAGACAGCUCGAUGUAGCGUUGGCCACAAAAGACAAAGUAGCCGAGGGACGAGCUUGUAGCAAUCUGGGCAUAGUGUAUCAAUUGCUUGGCGAGCACGAUGCCGCCUUGAAGUUACAUCAGGCUCACUUGGGAAUCGCAAGAUCGUUAGGAGAUAAAGCCGGUAUGGGUAGAGCGUAUGGGAAUAUCGGGAAUGCUUAUAACGCUCUAGGCUAUUACGAGCAGGCUAUUAAGUACCAUAAACAGGAGUUGACGAUAAGCAAAGAGGUUAACGACCGCAGCUCAGAAGCUAGCACGCAUGGAAACUUGGCGGUUGCGUAUCAAGCUGUGCAAGGCCAUGAAGCAGCAUUGAGGCAUUAUAGAGCUCACUUGGCUAUAGCGCGUGAAUUGAAGGAUACAGCUGGCGAAGCGUGCGCUCUGCUGAAUCUCGCCAACUGCCUGUCCUCGCGCGGUAGAUUCGAGGAGGCGGUACCGUAUUACGAACAUUAUCUUAUGUUGUCUCAAGAACUGCAUGACGUAGAAGGAGAAGCUAAAGCGUGUCAUUUCUUGGGAUACGCUCAUUAUUGUCUGGGAAAUCACCGGGAAGCUGUCAGAUACUACGAUCAGGACUUAGCAUUAGCGAAGGACCUGCAGGACAAAUCGGGGAUGGGCAGAGCUUACUGUAAUCUAGGAUUAGCUCAUUUAGCACUGGAAAAUUUAGACACUGCUCUGGAGUGCCAAAAAUAUUAUUUGGCCAUUGCGCAUAUGACCAAGCAUUUGGCCGGUAAGUUUCGUGCCCUGGGAAACAUCGGUGACUGUUUGUUACGCAUGGGAGAAGUUGACGAAGCUAUCAAGAUGCAUCAACGUCAAUUAAACUUAGCUCGUCAAGCUGCCGAUCGUGGUCUGGAAGCGGCUGCCUAUGGCGCAUUGGGUAUCGCUCAUCGAGCUACGAAGAACUUGGACAAGGCAUUGGGUUUUCACACGCAAGAGUUAACUCUGAGACAAGAGGCUGGUGAUCUGCGUGGCGAGUGCAGGGCACAUGGAAAUCUGGGUGCAGUGCAUAUGGCAUUAGGGCAAUAUACUCAUGCGGUUAAGUGUUAUCAGGAACAGCUGGAGAGAGCUAAGGAAUUAGCGGAUUCUGGAGUAGAAGCUCAAGCAUUAGGAAAUUUGGGCAUAGCUAGACUAAAUAUGGCUCAUUAUGAAGAUGCCAUCGGUUAUUUCGAGCAACAAUUAGCGACCCUGGAACCGUUAACUACUGGUACAGCUCUGCUUGACAAAGCCCGAGCACUCGGCAACUUGGGAGACUGUUAUGAAGCUUUAGGCGAUUUAGAGGAAGCUAUCAAAUGUCAUGAGCAACAACUGACGGCCGCGACGAAGUUGAAGAGUAUCAGAGAUCAAGAGAGAGCAUAUCGAGGAUUAGGAAGAGCUCGAGAAGCAACUGGCAACCUGCAAGAAGCUUUGGUAUGUUUCGAAAAGAGAUUAGUGGCCGCUCACGAAGUAGAUAGUCCUGAAGCGAGAGGUGCCGCCUACGGUGAUCUAGGCAGAGUACACGCUGCAUUAGGUAACCACGAACAAGCUGUGAGUUGUCUGUCUCAUCAACUAGCUUUAGCAAGAGGACUUGGUGACAAAGCAGCUGAAGCAGAAGCUGCUAGCGGAUUGGGAGCAGUUCAUCUUCUAAUGGACGAUCCGAAUUCCGCAUUACGUCAUCAUCAACUGGAAUUAUCAAUCGCCGAGGGUUUAGACGCAGCUGGCUUGCAAGCUCGCGCUUGUGCUAAUCUGGGUGUAACCCAGGAGACGUUAGGACAGUAUGAAGAAGCUAUAAGAUUGCAGGAACAGUCGUUGAGCCUGGCGGCUGCAGCAGGAGAUCAACCUGCUCGAGCGGCAGCUUUUUCGAGUUUAGGAAGACUUCAUCAUCUGUGUGGGGACUUGUCCCGCGCUUUGAGUUACUUGCAAUCUGGUUUGUCACUGUCCGAGGGCUUGGGUAGAAGAGAGGAAGCGGCCAGACUGAGACACAGACUUGGCCUCGUACACUGGGAGGCCGGAGAAGCGAGCAUCUCCGUGGAACAUCUAGAGAAAGCCGCGAAUUUAUUAGAAUCAUUAGAUGGUACUUCAGUAUCACUGACGUGCGGUCAACCUAGCCGAACGGAGUUACUGUCAGAGACGUACAGGAUACUGCAGAAAGUGCUGAUCAGCUUGAACCGAGCGGAAGAAGCUCUAAAUUGGGCGGAAAGAUCGAGACGAUCUAAGAGCAACUCCUUGGAUGAUGCCGCCCAUUAUUCUGAGAUUAUCGAUCGACAACGUGGAGUUAUUUUAUAUUACAGCGAGGUAGGUUGCGAAUUGCACGCAUGGUGUUUAGCACCAGGGCGUGGACUAUUACGAUUCCAUUCUACCACUUUGGACGAUGGUAUGGGUCUGGAAAAGAGAGUUAUUCAAGCGCGCGAGGCGCUUUUAGACGAAAGCAAUGAUCUUAUAGAGGAAUCCACUAAGAUCCCAUCGAGGGGUCAUCACUUAAACGCCAGUUCGUACAGUUUGAGCAGUCUCUUCAGUGUUGGCUCUGUGAGUUCUCGUGCGGGGAGUGCUCGUUGGGGACGAGGAGUGAAAGGACCCACUUGGCAGGCACCGUUGCCGAUACAGGUGCUUUACGAUCUCCUUCUUGCCCCUUUCGAAGAUCUAUUGCCGCCGCCACGAAAAGAGUUGAUCAUGGUGGUAGAAAAGUCUCUCUACUUGGCACCGUUCCCAGCUCUGCAGUCUAAUCCGGGUGAGGAUUAUCUAUGCGAAAGGUUCUCACUGUUGGUGGUACCGUCUCUUGCGGCUCUUAGAAAGAGAUCGAAGACACCUGUGCUGGAAGGCGGUGCUACUGUGGCUGCAUUGGUCACAGGAAACCCUGUGUUGCCGGAAGACAUAAGAGAAGAAUACGGAUGGCCCGAGAGUGUCGCUUCUACCGAAACCGAGUCAGAGAUAGUGGCUGAAUUGUUAGAAGCCCGCGCGAUGACUGGUCUUGAGGCUACGAGAUCGGCAGUUCUGAGGUCUCUACCAGACGCGGAGUGCGUUCAUUUGACGGUACCGGUAUUUUGGAACACUGGUAGUUUAGCGUUCACCGCCGACCAGUGUGAGGAGCCAUCCGAAAGACCAGAAUAUCUGAUAAGUCAAGCGGACAUAUUGAGGUUGAGAAUGUCAGCGCGCUUAGUGGUCGUAUCCAGCGGUCACAGUUGGAAUAACGUGGAGAGCACAAACGCAACGUCGGACGGUAUACAGAAUCUCGUAAAAACUCUACUGAGUGCGGGAGCGCAAUGCGUGUUAAUAGGGAUGUGGGCAGUACCACCGACCGCUGGCAGUAUCCUGCUGCGAGCGUUUUACAGUGCGAUGCUGCAAGGCGCGAGAGCGUCACGAGCCUUGGCUGAGGCGAUGCAGACCGUUCAACACACGAGACAUUUUGCUCAUCCCGCGAAUUGGGCUGGUUGGCUGCUGAUCGGCGGAGAUGCAAGAUUGUCUAACAAGGUUGCACUCAUGGGUCAAGCAUUAGCGGAAUUACUACGCGGCGGUCCCGAACAAAGCAGAGACGCACUACGAGUAACGCUUCAUCUAGUGGAGAAAUCACUACAGAGAAUUCAUCGCGGUCAGAAAAACGCUAUGUAUACUACUCAGCGUAGUAUCGAAAAUAAAGUGGGCGCGGCUACCGGUUGGCGAGAGCUUCUGAUGUCCGUAGGAUUUAGAUUCGAACCAGCCGGCAAUGGUAUACCUUCAUCCGUAUUUUUCCCUCAGAGCGAUCCCGAAGAGAGAUUGACUAGAUGCAGCGCCAGCUUACAAGCUUUACUAGGAUUAGGUCAAUCAUCGUUGCACGCUCUAGCUAGACUUUUACAGGCUCCAGAAGCUGCAGAAGAUGUAAUUGCUGCCAUGAGAAGAGCUAGUUGCGCAACAGAAGGUCAAGAAGUUAUUUUGCCCGUACACGUUUGGAGAGCUUCAGGAUCACACGAAUUGUUUGCCAGCUUAGGCUUCGAUUUAAUGGAGGUCGGACAGUCGGAGGUGACGUUGAGAACAGGGAAGCAAGCCUCGCGUAGAGCUGUGCAAUUUGCUCUUCAAGCUCUUCUAGCAUUGUUCGACACGCAAGAAGCGCCGAAGAGUCUCAGCUUAGACUCGAGUAGUUCAAUGGAGAGUUUGGCUUCCGUGGCCCAUACCGAGAAAAAUCUUAUGGAGCGACCACGACUGGGAGGAGCGUUUGCAAGUUACGUACGACAUCGUGGUGAACCAGAUGGAAAAACCAUGGAACCGUCAAAUGUUCUAAUACCGACGCCGCGUCAGCCAUGUCAAAAUGGAGGAGGUGAAUCAGAUGUGGCAUUCACGCCUAGUCCUCCCGUAGCACUCAAUCUAAAUCAUCAAACGCGCAUCCGGAAUCUUUAUCCCGACCAAAACGUGAGACCUGGCUCGAGCUCGAGUAGUUCGGUGACGGAUUGGGACAACGGUCAUGCCACUGUAUUAAGACGUCAACCGCUACCGCCAUUGCCGGCCACCGUGCUGGAGAGACUCAGCGUAAGAACGGAGAUUGGUAAUAACUCGUCGAGAAAACCCCGGCAUGCCACGACGAACGAGGAUAUCUGCGCGCAGACUGAUACCACUCAGUCCACGGAGACGCAUCCUCAGAACUUGAGAAACUUGGCCACCUCCCUAACGAGUCUGACUCGCGAACUCACGCCCACGAUUUCCGAAGUGUAUCACGAGCGGAAUUUAGGCUUGGGUCUAGCGCCGUCCCUGUCAAAAUUGCUGGAGGAGGUCGGCUCCGUGCCAGAAAAUGAGGAAUCGCAAUCGGCGAAAUCGGGUCAUAAUCAGACGCAAAAUUGGAUGCAAAACGAACCGGAGCUUUGCCGGCGGGAUGAGGCCGACGGCAGAUCGAUCGCUGAGUCACAAUGCAGCGCCGCCAGCUCGAACAAAAUACCUCGGAAAGCUCCCGCGCCACCGGUAUAG